CCCCAUUGUCAAAGCGUUCUGGAAAUGAUGUUUUGGUCAGAAAUGUCCACUUGGCCCGCUUGUUUGGCGGCGACCCCGUUUUUCCGUGGACCGUGAACGGGCGAAAGUGGGACGAUGAACGACCCGAUUUUUUCGGCCGUGCCGCGCGUGGUGGAUCCCCGCGCGUGGCACCCGGGCCCCGUGGGCCCCCGAUGUGGCUGCUCGAAGUGGAUGCGGUGCUGUGGCGGGACCCUGCUGGCCCCGGAGGCUCCCGCGGGGCCCGGCCCUCCCGACGGGGCUCUCGAGACGCCUUCCUACAUCAAGUUUCCCACAGUCGACGAGACGUACCUGUGGCAGAAUAUCGGACCAUCUGACUCACUGAAGUUAUCCCGUGCUCUCAAGCGUACCUGCUUCUGCACACUGGUCAAUGAGCGCGACGAGACGUUUUGUAGCCCCCCGCACAGGAAGUGAGCAUCCGCAUACUAAAUGCGAGCAACACUGGAAAUAGAGCAUCAGUUAGAAAGCUCCGCGCCAUCAGAUUAUGCCAGUGAACUUGGUGUUGACCUUCCAAGACGCAAUCCUUUCUGUGCGCUUGUGCUCCGUGCGAGGCACUGGUCCUUCUGGUUCAGUUUAAAUAUACAGAAGGUUUGUGUGGUUUCGUGGUAAUAGGUUUGUUAACUGGACUGUUGCUGCUUUUGGGAAUGUAAAAAUAUUCAAAU